GUCUUAAGAUUCUGUUCAGUAGUGUAUAUUAUACACGUGUGUGUGUGUGUGUGUAUAUAGCAAUAAUAUAGGCGUGUAUUUCAUUUAAAGUAUUUUGGGUAAAGUUGUGAAUGUUUUACAGUGUUGAUAAGGUUUAUGUAAUAUAUUGUACAUUCUGUAUAUGUAGGCUAAAUGUACCUAUUAAGCUCACCAAAAUCUACAUUCAAACAUUUUUAGUAGGGCUGGACGAUUAAUCGAAUUGAAACCAAAAUUCAGAACCUUUAACUGACGUAAAUGUCGGUUAUUUCGGUUUUUGAAUCCUGUUAAUACUUCCCCCUUAAAAGCAUACUACUGUGUGUGUAGCCACGUGACUCUGCCCCGUCCAGUCAGUGGCAUAAAAGCAAAACACAGAAGGGCACGCUGGGUUCAACACAUAGUGAUGGCGUGCAAGCAAUGCCUCGGACGAAGCACUCUCAGCGCUGCCAGGCAGCAAAGAAGAGAAUGGCAGACCGGAGAACAGAGGGUCUGCCGCCUCUUAAAAAACCGGCAGAAAUAUCUGAACAUUGUGUCCAUCACAAUGUGCAUAAAAAAACUGAUCUUGACUAUUUUCUGAAAGCAAAUGAACUUGAGAAUUUCCUGAAAAAGACUGAUCUUGACACUUUUCUGAAAGCAAAUGAACUUGAGAAUUUCCUGAAAAAGACUGAUCUUGACACUUUUCUGAAAGCAAAUGAACUUGAGAAUUUCCUGAAAAAAACUGAUCUUGACAAUUUUCACAAAGAACCUACCAUUGACAAUUUUCACAAAGAACCUGCCAUUGACAAUUUUCACAAAGAACCUGCCAUUGACAAUUUUUGCAAAGAACCUGCCAUUGACAAUUUACCUGAAAAUGAUCUUGAAAAGCCUUUGAAAAGUCUGAAAAACAAGAAAGCAUUCUCUGAAACUCUACCUCAAUCUUCAUCUAUGCCUCAGUCUUCCUCUCUGCCUCUCUCUACUACUAAUAAUACUAAGAUGACUGUGAAUGAUGUCUCUGCUCUAUCUCCACAGACUUCUUACAUCAGUGGUUCUUUCCAUCAAGGAGAUUACCGUUUUGGCCGGAAUAGGGGAAGUCAAUGUGGUGCAAACUGUUUAACUGCAAUUAUGAUGAGUAAGAUGAAAAAUGUUUUGCAGUGGACGAGAAGUGACCUGAAUGCUGUUCUGAUCCAUGGAGAUGACCUGUACAGUGCCAUGAGAGACGCAGGGAAAAUCAACGAUCCUGAAUCAGGCUUCAUAGCUGUUCAUGAGCUACCAGACACACACACACUUAAAGAUAGUCGGUUUUCAAUAAACUAUGGUGAAGCAUUGACUGGCUUGUUUGGUGUCAAUAAAUAUGAUGGAGAACUACAGGGGUAUGCGAUGUCAUUUGAUGAAGCAGUAAAUCGAGCAUUCCAGAGGUUUGAUGCUGUUUUAGUGAAUAUUAAGCUAACCAUAUGUGCAGCUGUCAGAGAAGGUUCCUGGUAUGCAGUGAUUGAUCCACAUUCAAGACGAGGUGAUGGCAGAUGUGUAGCUGACGGUAAGAGUGUAGUGGUUUACCAUCGUAACUUGCACUCGCUGAUUGUUCAUUUCCGGAAACUUGCUGCGUCUAUAAAUGCACGUUAUCAGGAGUUUGAGGUAACGGGGGUCAACGCAGUUAUGACUGGCAGAAAACGGCCAUUCUGGCAAGUGAUCGAGAACGCUGGUCCAGCAGAAAAUGAGCGUGAAGGUGAGAAGUCGGACGUGGAAGUUGAUGUUGGGUGCAGUCGAUUUCUGAAUGAUUUCAUGGACAAAACAUCUGUGAAAGAAACGUGUGCACAACCGAGAACAAAAACGCCAUACUCAAGUAAUGAAAAUGCAGGUGAUGUUACAUUCCUUUCACAAACUGCUAAUGUUUCUGUACGGUUUAGUCCAUUAACAUUUGAGCAACAAAAGGGUGUUUGCUUAAAGUUAAACAUUGCAAACAUUGUAAAACAACAAAACAAUCCACCUGAGACUCUUGAAGUGGUUGAGCCUUGUGAAACGAGCAAGACUGUUGCAGAUGGAAACUCUUUUUUUAGAGCAUUAGCCUUUGCUGUAAGUGGAUCAGAACGAGAACACAGAAAAGUGAGACGGGCUGUAGUUACACACAUUCUGCAGAAUGAAGAAAACUACGUACAGUAUCUCAAACAAGGAUACAGCUCUGUACCAGACUACAUUGCCAAAACAAGAAUGAAAUUCGUUGGAAAUCUGGCAACAGAGAUGGAAAUACAAGCAGCCAGUGAUUUAAUUGGCACAGACAUAUUUACAUACAGUCGAGAGAAAUGGUUUAGAUUUUCAUCUUCAAAUGCUUCCUUUAAUGCACAUGGUUGUCAAGACAGUGGCAUAUAUUUGAAAUAUGAAAACAGCUGCCAUUAUGAAGUUGUUGUAUGUGGAAAGAGCAAGGAUGGUAACUGUGUAUUAUUUUGUAAAUCACCAUCUCAACAUUCACUGUCUGAUCUAGCAACAAAUGUGUCUUUAAAGUCAGUUUAG